AAAGAGAAAGUGAAAGUCCCACUUCCCACAGCCCGGGGACACUUCACAGCUUGCUGCACCCCAGCUCGGCUCCAGCCUGGGGUUCCUCGAACGGCCCUAGCCAGCCCCGUGCGCCCGACCCCCCCACGGACGCCAUGGAGCCCAUCUGCCUGGUAGAGCCGGUGCCCAGCUCUGGUGCCCUGCGGGUGAACCCGGCCGCCCUGGGCCUGCUCCGGGUCCUCGCCCGGCCUCUCCACGUCCUCGCCAUCUUUGGGCCCUGUGGCACUGGGAAAUCCUUCCUCAUGGACCGGCUGGUGGGGCAGGGCGAAGCUUUCCCCCGCUCCCCAGGGAUCUGGGUGUGGUGCCUGCCCCACCCGACUCAGCCCGACCAGGCCCUGGUGCUGCUGGACACGGAAGGAUUCCCCGAGCAAGAGGGCGAUGAGACGAAGUUCUCCCGCCUCUUCCUCCUGAACGUGCUGCUCAGCAGCGUCUUUGUCUAUAACACCAGGAGUGAGGGCGACCCCCAGAGGCAGCUUGACCGCCUGACGUACGUGAGGGAUCUGCCCCGGGUGGUGCGAGUGCUGGACGAGUCCUCCUGGGAGAACAGCUUCCUCCUGAGCAGCGUGCUGCCCGACUUCGUGUGGUGCCUGCGGGACGUGGUGCCCGACCCCUGCCUGGACGAGGUGCUGGAAGCCACGGACCACGAGCUGGACUCGGCUCUCAGCUCCCCACAAGAUUUGGAGGACUCCCCGUCCAGCUGCGUACAGAGGUUAUUUCCCUGCCGGAAGCUGUUCCUUUUCUGCUCCCCCCAAGGGGAUGGAGGGCACGGCGAGCAGCUGUCUCCUGCAGGCCAGCUGCACCCCAUGUUCCAGGAGCAGAUGGGGCGUUUUAAGGACUAUGCCCUGAGCAGGAGCCCUAAGACUGUGGUGGGGAACAGAGCAGUUGAUGGGGCGUUCCUGGCUGAUUUCCUGGAGCGCAUCGUGAACCUGCUGUCCCGGGAUGAGCCCGUUUUCUUGAGUGAGAUCUGCAAUGGCCUGCAGCAGGAAGGCAGCAAUUACUGCAUGGGGUACCCAGUGGACCCCAUGGGGGGCUCCCCACCCAGCAGAGCAGCAGCCAGCGCUGCCCAGCCCUCGGUGCUGGAGCCCAAGAGGGAACACAUGGUCCCACUUCAGGCUUCUCGACCCGCCCUGCCAGUCCUGGCCAAGGUUGCCCCCAGCACGGCACAGCCAGGCGCCAUGGAGGAGCCGAUGUGUCUGAUCGAGAACAGCCCGGACGGGGAGCUGCAGCUGAACCAGGCAGCCCUGGCCCUGCUCCAGAGCGUCCGCCAGCCCGUGGUGGUGGUGGCCAUCGCCGGGCUGUACCGCACCGGCAAGUCCUACCUCAUGAACAGACUGGCCGGCAAGGACCAGGGAGGGUUCUCGCUGGGCUCCACCAUCCAGUCACACACCAAGGGCAUCUGGAUGUGGUGCCUGCCCCACCCCCACCCUCGCCGGGCCGGCCACACCCUGGUGCUGCUGGAUACCGAGGGGCUGGGCGACGUGGAGAAGGGCGACACCAAGAACGACACGUGGAUCUUCGCGCUGGCCGUGCUGCUCAGCGGCACCUUGGUCUACAACAGCCUGGGCACCAUCGACCAGCGCGCCCUGGAGCAGCUGCACUACGUGACGGAGCUGACGGAGCGCAUCAAGGUGAAGGCAGCAGGCGAGGGCGGCCGGCAGGAGGGGGAAGAUUCAGCCGAGUUCGUGCGGUUCUUCCCGGCCUUCGUGUGGGCCGUGCGGGAUUUCACGCUGCAGCUGCAGCUGGACGGGUGGGAGAUCACCGAGGACGAGUACCUGGAGAACGCCCUGAAACGCAGACAAGGCCAGCCCGAGAAGCUGGAUCUGCCCAAGAAGUACCUGCGCCAGUACUUCCCUUCCCGCAAGUGCUUCGUGUUUGACCGCCCAGCCCCGCGCCGCGACCUGGCCCGCCUGGACGAGCUCCCCGAGGCAGCACUGAGCCCUGACUUCCUGGAGCAGGCGCAGCGCUUCUGCAGCCACAUCCACCAGCACGCGGGCACCAAAACCCUCCCGGGCGGCCACGUGGUGACGGGCACCUUGCUGGGGAACCUGGCGGUGACCUACGUGGACGCCAUCCGCAGCGGGGCAGUGCCCUGCAUGGAGAGCGCGGUGCUGGCCCUGGCGCAGAUCGAGAACUCGGCGGCGGUGGGGGAGGCCGUGGCUGCCUACGAGGAGCAGCUGGGGCUGCGAGUGGUGCUGCCCACGGAGAGUGUGCAGGAGCUGCUGGAGCUGCACGCCCAGUGCGAGCGGGAGGCACUGCGGGCGUUCUUGGCACGCGCCUUCAAGGACGAGGAGCAGCAAUACCAGCGGCAGCUGAAGGACAAGCUGGACUCCAAGCGCGCUGAGCUCUGCCGCCAGAACGAGCAGGCAUCGUCGGACCGGUGCACGGCCGUGCUGAGGGAGCUGUCGCAGGAGCUGGAGGAGCGGGUCUGCGAGGGGAGCUACUCGGUGCCCGGGGGCUACCAGCGCCUCUUGGACGACCAGCGGGAGAUGGUGGAGAAAUACCAGCUGGUGCCAGGGAAAGGGAUCAUGGCGGCCGAGGUGCUGCAGCAGUUUCUGAAGUCCAAGGAGACGGUGGCCCAGGCUGUUCUGCAGACAGACCAGAGCCUCACGGACAGACAGAGGGAGAUUGAAGUGGAGCGGGCGCGGGCCCAGGCGGCUGAGCGGGAGGCCCAGCUGAGCCAGGAGAUGCAGGCCAGGACAGAGCAGCUGCUGCAGGACCAGAAGCGCAGCCACCAGGAGCACGUCCAGCAGCUGACGGCCAAGAUGGAGCAGGACAGGAGGCAGCUGCUGGCCGAGCAGGAGAGAGCGCUGGCCCUGAAACUGCAGGAGCAGGAGCGGCUGCUGCGCGAGGGGUUCCAGAAGGAGGCAGCACAGUUGCAGCAUCAGAUGCAGAACCUGAGGAAGGAGAUGAGCCGGCCCCAGGACCCCUGCUCCAUCUUAUACCUGGUGCCCCCAACUGACGCUCUGCCCCGCUCCCUGCUGCCCAGCACCCCUGAGGACUGCAUUGGGGCCAGCCCUUACUGGGAGGGUUGUGCAGGCCACCCCCCCAGCGCGAUGGAGAUCCCCAUGCCGGCCCCCAUCUGCCUGAUCGAGAACAGCCCGGCGGGGGAGCUGCGGGUGCAGCAGGAGGCGCUGCGGGUGCUGGCAGAGAUCUCCCAGCCCGUGGUGGUGGUGGCCAUUGCCGGGCUGUACCGCACCGGCAAGUCCUACCUCAUGAACCGACUGGCCAGCAAGAGAACGGGGUUCUCGCUGGGCUCCACCAUCCAGUCCCACACCAAGGGCAUCUGGAUGUGGUGCCUGCCCCACCCCCACCCCCGCUGGGCCGGCCACACCCUGGUGCUGCUGGACACCGAGGGGCUGGGCGACGUGGAGAAGUGGGUGUCGUUCCAGGGUGACGGGAAGAACGACACGUGGAUCUUCGCGCUGGCUGUGCUGCUCAGCAGCACCCUGGUCUAUAACAGCCUGGGCACCAUCAACCAGCAGGCCAUGGACCAGCUGCACUACGUGACGGAGCUGACGGAGCGCAUCAAGGUGAAGGCAGCACGUGAGGGAGGCCGGCAGGAGCGGGAGGAUUCGGCCGAGUUCGUGCGGUUCUUCCCGGCCUUCGUGUGGGCCGUGCGGGAUUUCACACUGCAGCUGGAGCUGGACGGGCGGGAGAUCACCGAGGACGAGUACCUGGAGAACGCCCUGAAACUAAAGCCAGGCAGCAGCCAGCGAGCCCAGCUCUACAACCUGCCCCGCGAGUGCAUCCGCCAGUUCUUCCCGGGCCGGAAAUGCUUUGUCUUCGUCCAGCCGGCCAGCAGGAGGGACCUGCCCCGGCUGGAAGAGCUGCAGGAGGCCGAGCUGGAGCCUGAGUUUCGGGAGCAGGUGGCCCGGUUCUGCCACCACGUCUGGGAGACGUCGAAGCCCAAGACCAUCCCAGGCGGCCACGUGGUGACUGGGGCCAUGCUGGGGAACCUGGCGGUGACCUACGUGGACGCCAUCCGCAGCGGGGCAGUGCCCUGCAUGGAAAGCGCGGUGCUGGCCCUGGCGCAGAUCGAGAACUCGGCGGCGGUGGGGGAGGCCGUGGCUGCCUACGAGGAGCAGCUGGGGCUGCGUGUGGUGCUGCCCACGGAGAGUGUGCAGGAUCUGCUGGAGCUGCACGCCCAGUGCGAGCGGGAGGCAUUGCGGACGUUCAUGGCACGCGUCUUCAAGGAUGACAACCGCCGCUUCCAAGGGGAACUCAUGCACCGCUUGGAGGAGCAGAAGCAGGAACUCUGCCGGCGCAAUGAGCUGGCGUCCUUGGACCGCUGCACGGCCGCCCUGCUGGAGCUGUGGGACGAGCUGGAGGACUGGAUCUGCCAGGGGGUCUAUUCAGUGCCCAGGGGCUACCAGCGCUUCCUGGAUGACCGGCAGCGCGUGGUGGAGAGAUACUGGCAGGUGCCGGGGAAGGGAGUAAAGGCCGAGGAGGUGCUGCAGGAGUUCCUCCAGUCCAAGGAGGCCGUGGCCCAGUCCAUCCUGCAGACGGACGAGGCCCUGACGGAGAAGGAGAAGGAGAUGGCAGCCGAGCGAGCCCGGGCCGAGGCGGCCGAGCGGGAGCAGCAGGUCGUGCAGCAGAAGGAGGCUGAGCUGCAGCAGAAGCUGGAGGACCAGGAACGCAGCUACCAGGAGAACCUGCGGCAGCUGGAGUCGAAGCUGGAGGACGAGAGGAAGAAGCUGCUGGAGGAGCAGGGCAAGAUGCUGGAUCAGAAACUCAAGGAGCAGGAGGCCCUGCUGACGGAGGGGUUCCGGGAGGAGGCCGGAUGCCUGGAGAACCAGAUCCGGCACCUGCAGCAGCAGAACGAGGAGAUCCAGAAGCCGUCGUGGAUCCAGUCAGCGCUGGGGGUGCUGAUGGACGUGGUCCCCUUCGUGCUACCCGGCUUCGUCGGCAAGGCCACCGGGGUUGUCACCAACUUCAUCCGGCGCCUGUUGUGAUGGGAUCCCCGGCUGCGCACUUGCUUCUGCACCCCAGCGCCCAUUCACCUGCGGAACCCCCUGCCACAGGACGCUGUGCCGGUGAGCAGCUUAGGAAUGUCCAGCAAAGGCUCCCAACCUCCUUGCUUCCUGGCCAGGGCUGGCCCCCCACUGGAUUCAAACAUGGCCUCAUUCCAGACCCACCAGCAUGCUGGGGCUCAGCUUUGCCCCCUAAGCAGAGGGCAGCAGGAUUCUUUCUGUGGGUGCACUCGGAACUGCUGUGCUGCGUGUCAUGGCCCCUGUACUGCCAACAACUGCCUCCAUGUCUGGAAACCUGGCAUGGCAAACACAGGGUUAAACAUCCCCUGUGUCAGGAUAGAGACACAGGUCACAAGGGCUCUGACCUGCUCCCCUUGCACCUGCGGGGUCAUCCCCACCAGCUGGGCGGCUGCAGGCUCAGCUAGGGUCACCAGCUCGGAGAGAUUUGCAGUGAUGCUGACUCUCAUGAGUCUGUCGUGAGUCUCAUGGUAAUUAUCCUUUCCCGUAAAGCCCCAGCUCCUGGAGUCAGGUGGCUCAUGUCUGUGGAGAAAGCUUCAAAAUGCUGGUUACAGAUCCCAGCCCCUGCUGCUCUAACCCGCUAGACCCCACUCCCCUCCCAGAGCCGGGGAGAGAACCCAGGAGUCCUGGCUCCCAGCCCUCCUGCUCUAACCACUAGACCCCACUCCCCUCCCAGAGCCGGGGAGAGAACCCAGGAGUCUUGGCUCCCAGCCCUCCUGCUCUAACCACUAGACCCCACUCCCCUCCCAGAGUCAGGGAGAGAACUCAGAAGUUCUGGUUCCCAGCCCCCCCGCUCUAACUGCUAGACCCCACUGCCCUCCCAGAGCCGGGGAGAGAAGCCAGGCGUCACACUGGGAAGGGCCUUACAGCCACAGGACGUGGGUUCACAAUAGCAGAGGGAAAAUGCCAUUAUGCUGUUAGCCCCUUUGCAAAUGUCUCUAGGGUUGUGGGAAUGGGCAGUAACUGUGUGUAUUUGAAUAGCUGCUGCCCGGUGCUCAUUGUUAAUUAUCUGCACAAAACACCUCCUCAUCCAGAUGAAAACAAGCGUUUUUACCACAUUGUAACAACUGGAGGACGUGAUUUCCCAUGUCCAGCGCCUGUGUUCAGACAUAACCAGUGGCAGGUAACAUACACUUUGUACUCCAAGAUAAAACCUCCACCUACUGGAGUGAAUCUGACUGUUUUAAAACGACUGCUUGUGCACCCCUACUGAAGGAAUUAUUGACACGCUGUGUGACAAGGUCAGGCCAGAUGGCUACAGGAGAGUUACAAGGCAGAUAUCUUAGUCCCAGAUUAAGCAGAUCCCUCUUCCCUGGGUAAGGUAACAGGGGCAGUUCCAGAUGAAGCAGGAACUUGCUGGAACCAAUUGAGGCAGGCAGGCUAAUUAGGACACCUGGAGCCAAUUAGGAAGAAACUGCUAGAAUCAAUUAGGACAGGCUGACUAAUCAGGGCACCGGGGUUUAAAAAGGAGCGCCCUCCAGUUUGUGGUGUGCGCGUGCGAGGAGCUGGGAGCAAGAGGUGCAAGGAGCUGAGAGUGAGAGGCUGUGCAGCUGGAGGACUGAGGAGUACAAGUGUUAUCAGACACCAGGAGGAAGGUCCUGUGGUGAGGAUAAAGAAGGUGUUUGGAGGAGGCCAUGGGGAAGUAGCCCAGGGAGUUGUAGCUGUCAUGCAGCUGUUACAGGAGGCACUAUAGACAGCUGCAAUAUACAGGGCCCUGGGCUGGAACCCGGAGUAGAGGGCAGGCCCGGGUUCCACCCAAACCUCCCAACUCCUGAUCAGACACAGGAGGAAUUGACCUGGACUGUGGGUUCUACCAGAGGGGAAGGUCUCAGAGGUUCCCUGACCCACAUGGUGAAUCUCUGAGGCGAGCAAAUCUGCCAAUAAUCGCAGGACCCACCAAAAUAGAGGAGGAGUGUUGUCACAGUUGCUAAGGAAGAAGCAUGCGGAAUCGAGCUCCAUUACUCCACCCAUAAGAUUAAACGUGUUUAAGAGGGUUAGUAAAGAUUUGAAACACAAAUUGUGGGAAUCUUUGCUGGGUUGGUCUCCCAUGGGGCCUCACAUCCAGCUGUGGUGAGGGUUCAGCUGGUUUUACUGGUAAGCAUGGUGGCUUUGGCUUGCCAGGGAAGGAGAACUGUGCAGAAGGUAUGAAAGGUUGGGAUACGAAGUCCACAAAUGUCUAUCUUGGCCUUCCCCAGGAGGCAAGCCUGAGCUCGGCAGGUCUGAGCAUUGGAUUCCUGUGGUGGUGACAAUGGCUUUGGUAAAGUGCUAUCAAGGUGGGGAGUGUAACGAGAGGCCUGGGCUUGACAUGACCCACAGCCACCUUGUAUCUGGACUUAGCAUCACCUGCAGCCAUCUUAUGUGAUCAGCCACCACGAGUGGAAACAAAACUGUGGAGUCAGGAGAAUUCAGCCUUGACGUAGCAGACAGAGAGAAAACGAUGAGCUGCAGCUGCAGCGUUACUCACGGGGCUAGAUAGUCACACACUCAUUGGAAUGGGGAGAGACUGCAGAAGCUAACCUUGAGCUCCUGCAGCAGAUUCUUGGUAAUAAAAAGUCGGAGGUUGUGCUGUUGCAAGUGAAUCCCACUAACGAAGCAUAAAGAUAAAUGACCUUGAGAACAUUUUACUAACUCUGAAAAAUACAAAAGCGAAUGAGUAGGGAGUCUUGCCACGUGAACCCCUGUGUCGAGAAAACGACUGGUCCGUGGCUUUGCAUAGCGAUACGUUGGGUAAAAGAAUUGUUGAAGACAGAGAUAGGAGAAAUCCUUAUCCUUACCUUUAUAAUGAGGGUCAGAAAACAAGUUUGUUGGAACGUAAAACCAGGCUACAGUUCAAGACCGAAGCUGCUCUGGCCCUCGGGAGACGUCUCUCUGCCUUUGUUGGGAGUGAAAAGCAUGAAGACGCUUGACAUGUGUAUUCUUUUGCUUUGUUGCUAAUUGUUCAUAAAUACUUGCACAUGUUUAAGGAUA